CAGGCACCUUUUAAGGUGGAACGGGGGAAUUUGGACAAGACGCGAAAAAAAGUCUGUAGUUUUGAGGGAAAUUGCUGUCGGAGAUGCGAGGAAAGCGGCCGAGCUAAAGCUAAAGCUGAAAGCAGAGUGAAGACAAGAUGUUGCACCAUUUAAGGUGGAACGAGAAAAAUUCACGUCUCGUUUCCAGCCACAGCUGCUCCCGUGUCCCAGCGCCCGAGGACACACCCUGCCAUGAUUGCUCACAGGUGUGAGGUGAAAGGUGACGGCAGUUCUGUUUGGCUGGAGGCUGCGGGUGUUGUUUCGGAAGGUGUUAAAGUGUGACGGAUUCCUGGACCAUGGCUCAGCUCAGCUGCCCGCUUUGUCACUUUAAGGCAGUCCUGGUGCUCCUGGUGGUCGGCGUCUCAGGCCUGGUCCUCAUCGGCGAGGCCCUGCUUCUCAAUGAGGACACCCUGCCUCAUCACGGGAACAUCCUGAGGCCCUUGCUGAAAGCCCUGUCAGAACAGGAGCCGUGGGGAGCAGCGGCUCCGCGGACCAGACCUGACUCCAGAUAUGUCCGCUUCAUGAAGAGACUCUACAGGCUGUCGUCCAAACCGGAGCGCAGCCACCACGAGGCGCCACAUCUCUACAACACCGCCCGCCUUAUCACUCCGCGACAGGGGUGCCUGGGUCGCCUGGGCCACAGCAGAGAAUUUUUCAUGCAGGACAUUUCCUACAGUCUGAACCGUGUCCGAGCCCAGGAGCUCUUGCUCAAGUCGGUGCUGCUCUACUCCAUCAGCCACAACCACGCGGCCUCUCUUGCCUCCAUCUGCUAUCUACACAUGAAGGAGCACGUGCCCUCGGGUGACCGCAUGUGCCUCCACUCUCAAAGCUCCCCCUACUCGGCCACGCCCGUCAGCUUCCAUGUUCGUGCAGAGAGAGCCGGCCGGCGCAAGUGGGUGGAGGUGGAUGUGACUUCAUUUCUCCAGCCGCGCAUUCAGGGCCACAAGAAGGCCAUCCACCUGCUCCUUAACCUCACCUGCCUACAGGACGGCCUCUCUGAUAGAAGCCCCAUAGAGCUCACGCACAUGGCACCAUCUCUGCUGCUGUAUCUAAACGACACCAGCGAGGUGGCUUAUCAGAGGGGUUCAGCACACAGCAGGUUUGGUAGCAUCAGGUCGAACCAGUGGGAUAUGAAGCCCCUCCGGCAUAGUCACCAGUCCAGUUCUACGAGGCACAUGUGGAGGGAUAGAAGGAGCCCUCUUAACGGCACUCGAGAACCCAAGCCCAGCGCAGAGACUGACUCGCCCAAGUACGAAUACUCCAUGGAUGACUGUGACUUGUAUGACUUCAGGGUAAGCUUCAGCCAGCUCAAGCUGGACCACUGGAUCAUAGCCCCCCACAAGUACAACCCCAGGUACUGCAAGGGAAUUUGCCCCAGGGUCAUGGGCUACAUCUAUGGUUCACCCGUGCACACCAUGGUGCAGAACAUUAUUUACGAAAAGCUGGACUCCUCUAUUCCAAGGCCUUCAUGCGUUCCUUCAGAAUAUGACCCCUUAAGUGUCCUGACCAUUGAGAAUGAUGGUUCUAUCGCCUAUAAAGAGUAUGAGGAGAUGAUUGCUACAAAGUGCACCUGCCGUUAACGCUGGAAUCAGCCGGUAUGCAUCUGUGUUCCUAAAACACGAAGCAUUGUAAGCACCACAGUUUGCACCUGCCGAAUGAAUAUAAUGAUCAGGAAGAACUGCUGAUUACCCCAUGUGAGAUUGAGAAGUGGUUUCCUCACUGUUUUGUUCACCAAAGACAUUCUAUCAGGAGAAAUCUGCAUUCGUAUAAUUGUCACGUGAUAUUUUCUGUCCAGAAGUCAGGUUUGUAUAGACAAGAGGAUGUGAUCGAGCAUAUGACUGGAUGAAAAAGUUUUGUUUAACAGUUAGUACAAUUUAAGUUAUUGUUUUUUUUUUUUUGUUUUUGUUUUUUUUGGUGGUUGUGUUUCAGUUCUCUGUAUUUAACAUAAAUAGCAAAAAGUUUUAAAUGAGUCUAUUUCUGGACAGAUUAUGAAGUGUUAUCCUGUUUUCUUAUUGGAACACUUUUACAGUUGUUUUUAUACCUGUGGAUUGCAGAAGGUUGACAGAUGGGCUUUCCAUGAUGUCCAGAAAAUAAGUUGCCCUAAACUGUGGACAACUUGAGUGUAUUAAAUGCUCUAGGGCAUUUAAUCAUUGUGCGCCAACUGGUUUAUAACACACACCAUGCAAUUGUCAUUCAUCUGUGUGCCAUGUUCUGGUUUGCUCUGAUUUCACAUGAAAAAAUGACUUUGAUAGAUUCAUUAAAAA